AUGCGCACGCGCGGAUUGGCUGCUCGUCUGCUCUCCGCUUUCAUUCGACUGUUCAGUCUUGUUGUCGUCAGAGGCCAUUCCUAUUUUUUUUGUGUUUUUGAUUCUGCAUAUUAUCUCAAAGGAAUGCCAUAUUUUCUUAAUAGAGAUAAAACAGCAACAACCAUCGUCUGUCAAAUAGAGCUAGAAUAGUUGUAUCCUGUUAUAAGAGAAUAACUACAGUUACUAUACUGAAGUUUUCUGAAGUUACAGCUCGCUAGCUAACGUUAUCGUUCGGGCUGGGUGUGGACUGCCAAUGGCGUGUGUAGAGACAUCAGAUGACAGAGUAGGAGAGGUCCUGCUGAAAAGGUGACUACCUCGUGAAGCUGGUUGAGAGAAUACCAAGAGUUUGCAAAGCUGUCAUCAAGAGUGAUGCAGGAGCAGCUGGAUGAGGUGUUGUUAUCAGAGGUCCCGGUAGUGGUCUCCGCAGAAACCCAGGAAUUGGAGAGUGAGCAAGAGCAGAAGAUGGUGUUACAGCUGGCUGUGAUGAUACGUACCAUCGGAGACGCCUUCAAGGAGAACAGGGAGCUGGACGACAACAGUGUGAUAGAUGGAAUGGUGGGGCAAAUGACCAGCAAGACCAGCUACUGGAAUUUGGUAGAAAAGGUAUUUGAGGACGGUCAAAUCACCUGGGAGAGAAUUGCUGUGCUGUUCUACGUAGCAGGGAGGAUAGCUGUCAAGGUGGUAAUUGCUCACCUCCCCGAGUUAGUGAAGGACAUUCUGAAGUGGACUCUGGAGUACUUCAGAAGCAAAUUACUGGACUGGAUCCAGAAACAUGGAGGAUGGAUGAACAGUUUCGCUGCGCUGGCACGUGUACAGGUGGAGAGGAUAUCCUCUAUGAGUGCCCGGUCCUCAGGGCUCAUCCUGGUCUUCCUCGGAGGUGUCAUAAUGGGUAGUGUUAUCACCUGGAAACUGGCCAGGAGGACCUGACACACACACAUACACAGUCCCACUCCGGUUCAAACACAAUUGUUUGACAUGACAUGCAAACGUGUGGGCGUACACACACACACACACACACACACACACACACACACACACACACACACACACACACACAGUUACCUAGUCUAUGUAUUACUAGUUACCUACCUUCUGGUUUGCUCUGGAUAAAUAAGAUGACCAGAUGCUGCUGGAAGUGGUGUUGGAGAGCCAGUAGGAAGCAUUCUUUCCUCUGGUCUAAAACAAAAAUGUCCCAGUGCAAAGAUUGGGGACAUUGCCCUCUGUCGGGUGCCAUCUUUUGGAUGGGACGUUAAAACGGGUGUCCUGACUCUCUGUGGUUAAUAAAGAUCACAUGGCACUUAUCGUAAGAGUAGGGGGUGUUAACCCCGGUGUCCUGGCUAAAUUAAUCUGGCCCUCAUUCCAUCAUGGCCACCUAAUCGUCCCCAGCUUCUAUUUGGCUCAUUAAUCCCUCUUCCCUGUAACUAUUCCCCAGAUCGUUGCUGUAAAUGAGAAUUUGUUCUCAGUCAAUUUACCUCAACUUAAAUAAAAUUACACUUUUUUUUAUCAGUGCCUUCAGAAAGUAUUCACACCCCUCAACUUUUUCCACAUUCUGUUGUUACAAAGUGGGAUUAAAAUGGAUUUAAUACUUUUUUUCCCAACACAAAAUACUGUAUUACAUCUCUGCACUUAGAAAAAGAGAGCCAUCUGUACUGCUAUUUUAGUUUUCAGUUAAUUUGAUUGAUUAUUCUCUCAUCAUUGAUUUCAUGUACUUAUCUCAGCAAUUUCAGGGUUUUCUGUAUAGUUAUCUGAUGUUGGUGUGGCAUAUUAUUCUGUUUUAAUGUUACUCUUGAAUCACAAAAAAUCUUCUUAAACACUACUGUUGCUCACAGAGUGAGUCCACACAAUUUAUUUGGACUUGUUAAGCACAUUUUUACUCCUGAGCUUAUUUAGGCUUGCCAUAACAAAAGGGUUGAAUACUUAUUGAUUCAAGACAUUUUUAAUUCAUUUGUAAAAACAAAAUAUCUCAAAACAUAAUUCUCCUUUGACACAAAAUCUCAAAGUAAUCCAUUUAAAAUUCAGGCUGUAACAUAAAGGGAUGUGAAUACGUUCUGAGGGCACUGUAUAUAUUAACCUACAGUCAUGAAACCAAAGUGUUGGGGCAGAGCUCAGUACAUUUUGUGUCACUACCCUUACGGAAAAAACAUGAAUUUCACGUUUUUAACGUGAUCUUAUGGGAAGUUAAUAUGACAACAUGUAAAAGCAACAUGUGAUAAUAUGAAAUUGCACAUUUGCAACAUUUCAACAUGUGAUACCAUAAAACUACACCUCACAACAUUUGAAAGUUUUUCACAUGUGAAAGUCAAAAUUUGAUUUUCACAUGUGUGGUGAAAACAUGUUAUUCUCACAAGUGAAAGGUGGUGUUAACAUGUGAACUCUGUAUUGAAUACAUGUGAACAAAUGGUUUCACAUGUGAACAACUGUCCUCGCAUGUGUCUCUUUUGUUUUCAAAGGUGAAAAUUUCAGCUCAACAUGUGAACAGUUAUUUCAUGUGUAUAUACGAUUUCAAAUGUGAAAAUAUGAUUUUCACAUGUGAAACUGCAAAUAAAAUAAAACUGUAUGUCAUCACAUGAAGUGUUCCAGAACCACAUGCUUUCAAAUGUUACAAAUGUUAAAAUGUUACAUGUGGAAAUUUCACAUGUGAAAUCAUGUGGUUUUUCCCGUAAGGGUAUAGCAUCAUGUUUGUUGGUAUCCUGCUAGACUAGGGUAUCUGUGCCUGAAAUGAGAAACCAGUGUAAGCCUAACAGACAGCCAAUCAUGUUAUGUGAUUGUUUUUUUUACAGAAAGGUCAUAUUAUUUUUCAAUACAAUAUUUUACAGAAAUAACACAUGAAUACUGAUUUGAUAUUUUUGAAGUUUAUAGAAAUGUAUGAAACAUGUAUUUUGAAUAAAACAUUUUUGGGAUGUUUGACUUAAAUGUAAUGUAUUAAAUGUGCCAUUUUAUUAGGAUUAACAAAAUAAAUAUGAGUUGACGGUGUUUGUGCUGUAAUAAUCAUGUUUUAACUAUGACCCCUAAAAGUCCUCAACAUGAGCGUCAGUCAGUAAGCUCCAUAAUAUCAGUCGUGAUAGGAAUUGUUAGCUAGAUGUACAAAGAAUGCACAGGACACAAAUAGAACAUUUUGGCAUAAGCUUUUAAUAUUUUUAUAGAGUUUUUGAUGUUUUCUCUUUGAAUUGGAUUUGCUUGUUUUUCCAGUUAAUUUUGUGGGUUUUUUUUCUCGUUUUAUUAUUCUUGUUUUAUUUUCCUAUCUGCAAUGGAGAAGAGUUUUUCAGUUUAAUUAGCAUUCACUUUCAAACUUUCAUACUUUUAAUAAUAGAACUGUGUUUAAGUCUCUUUUUUCACAAACUUGUUUGUUAAAUUAUUACUGUUUAUUAAUCUUUUUUCUUUACACGUUUCAAAAAUAUAAAAAGUAAAUUAUAAACAUUCCAUUGAAAUAUAUUUUAUACAGUUCUUGAUUCUUUUUGUUUCUGUGUUAUGACAUUAAAAUUGUAUCCAGUAUCAGUCUUUAUAGCAUAAAUCCCAUUCAGUGUUAUUGUAGUAGCCUUCUCUUCUUCCAUCUCUGUCUUCCCUCUCUUUCUCCCCUGAUAGGAAAGUGGCAUGGCUGCACCCAGUGCCUUAUUCCCUUAGCGGUGAUGUAGUCACAACAGUUGGCAGGACCAAUAGAAACAUUAGCUGCAUUGGCGUUAGUA